AAGUUAUGGUCACUUAUUGUGGAGGAUGAGGGUACAAACCUAAGUUUCAGAAAAUCAAACAGAGGAUCCUCACCGAAUUUUCUGCACGGAUUUGCAACACAAACUGUUACUGGUUAUUUAGAGGUGGACGUAAAUGACAAGCUUGUUCAUUCUAAAAAGAAUGGUGAUGGAUAUGUGGACAGUGACACCAAAAUGGAUAAGAUUAUACAAGAAAUAGAUGCUGCUCUGGAGGCUCACUAACCAUGACCUUUGGCAAGUUUGAACCAGCUCUUUGUUCCAGGAAGAUGACCUUGAAUGAUGGGGGCAGCUUAAAAACAUUAUGUUUGGCUGACUUCUUGAGGAAUUGCAGUGAUUUCAUCUAGUGGAACUGUGGCAAACCCAAUGAGCUUGCUUCUGCCCUGAGUUUUGGUAGUUAAAAUUGUGCAGUGUUCAUCUUAACUUUUUCUAACAAUUGUAUGUCAAGCUUUCAGAAAGAUUAUGUUAUAUUAAUUCUGUAGUUACUCUGUGGCUGAUGUUAAUUGUUUUCAUUAUUCACAUCUAAUAAAAGAGGGCUGUUUCUAUUC